ACUCUGAUAUUUCUUUCCGUCGUGAUGGAGGAGGAGGACAUCUUUGAUUCCUCUCUGAAUCUGGAAGAAGCUCACUUCAAGGAAGGCUAUUCCGAGGGCUACGAGCACGGUCUAGUUGGUGGCAGAGAGGAUGGGCAACAGGUGGGCUUGAAAGUGGGUUUCGAGACCGGGGAGGAGCUCGGCUUUUACGAUGGUUGCAUCCACGUCUGGAACUCCGCUAUUCAAGUCGAUCCGACUCGGUUCUCGGAUCGAGUACAGAAGACGAUCAAGCAGAUGGAGGAGUUGGUGAAGAAAUACCCGGUUAUGGAUCCGGAGAACGAGAGCGUUCAACAACUGAUGGAGGGCUUGAGGCUCAAGUUUAGGGCGGUUUCUGCGACUCUGGGUGUGAAAUUGGAGUAUGUUGGAUACCCAAAAACAGCACCGGAUUCUGGAUUCUAAGGAGAUUGAGUUUUGAGGGUUUUUUUUCCUCUAUAUCUCUGAAGUCGUAGCAUAAUGUGUAGUUUGAAAUUUUUGGUUGUUAUUUCUUUGUUUACAAAUAGUAGUUGAAUAGUAUUUGCUCUCUUUCUUUUUUGUUAAUUUGUUUUCGCCAGUUUGAGGGUCGAGGGUUUGUCUGAGUUCUUGAAUGUGGGAAUUGAGGACUUGUGUUUGAAAGAUGUGGGUGUGUUUUGUGAGAAUUUGAACGGUGCGUUUGUUAGCAGGGAUAUUGGGGUUAGCUGGGUUGAUGUUAGGUAUGAAUUGGAAGGCGAUGGUUGUGAGGGUGAGGUUGAUGGUUCUGAAAUGAAAUCUGGGUUUUUGUUUU